AUGUCCGGCGCCGUCUGCCAGAGCUGUCAUGGAAACGAUAUAGCACCAAGAAACCCUUCUGAUAUCGUCGACAUGGAUGGCACUCAAAACAGUCGACUCGGGCCAAAAAGAUCCUUUGAGCGGGACUGGAAAGAGAUCAGGCUACGUCUCGAACGCAAAAUCGCUGCUGCUGCUGCACAAGCAAUCUCGGCACGACCAGGCGGCGGCGGCGGUGGCAGUAGUGGUGGUGACUACAUUCGCAAGUCACGAUGGCCUCGGACGCCUCCAAAGGCAAAAGGAUCUCGAAUGUAUGAAGUCAAACUUGAAGACAAACUCAAGGGGAGAGGCGCAAACCCGCGAACCGGUGUGAUUAGCCCUAGUAAUCGCACCGAUAGCUCCCAUGAAGAUCACGUUCCUCGACCGCGAGCCAGUCAGAAGUGGAAGGUGACUGGAAAUCAAUGGAUCACAGUCGAUAUUUCUCAAUCCCCGUCUCUGGAGUCGUCAACGUCGCAGGACUACAAGCUCACCAAAGCGGUGUCUUCUGCUGGCUCGGAGGUAACUGAUACAUCAUCUGAAGGCUGGGGAGACAGGUUCGUUGUGCACAUGCCUUCUGCCAAGGAACCCAACCCACCGUCCAUGUCUAAGGAAGAAGUUCGACUGUAUCAGCAAAGGAGAGGAAAGCUUUAUGGGAACGGUGUAAAAAGACAUGAAAUGGAUGCCUCGAAACCAAAACCGACCUCGGAGCACAGAGAUACACCACACCCCAGAAAGGCGAGCGGUAUCCCCGUCCUCCAAAAGGAUACAAGCCCUUCAUCUAUCCAAGAAACAAAACCAACAACAAGUCAAACGAAUUCCGUCCGAAGUAAUAGUUCCCGGGAUUACUACAGUCCCGAUGAAGUUGGCCAGACACGAAACAGCCCUCUGUCGGACGGACCAAAGAUGAACCAGAAAGAAUUAUAUCACAAGCUUAGAGCUGAAUGCUUCAUGGGCUGCGUUGGCAUGGACCAAGUCGGAGCCAGGAACCCGGACGAAGUUCUUUUGUUUCCCAACUUGGACGAUGACAAUGAAGAGCGCCGGUCACCAUGCCCUGCGCCUAAAUCACGCAACCCUGGUGCGAGCCUCAAACAGCAAAGCAAAUUAUCAGCAUUACAGGCGACGUCCAGACUACCUCAAGCAUCCAAUAGUCGGCCAACCUACCACACAUACAAAUCCACAAGCAGCCUACCCUCGACAUCCCGUCCAGCGGCGUUACAAAUCCCCCCCGUAUUGACCGCUGCACAACCGACAACAAAGAUCCCUAAGCCUGCCGGUGGGAAUAGAAGCCCGUCAGGAAACCCUAGCUGCAAAGAUGAAGAAGACAUCUUUAUGAGUGCUUCCAGUAUUGCUCGUGUGGCGCCGAAGCCACUCACAAGAAGCACCGUCCAACCAUCACGGACUCGCCGAACACCCGAUGGUUCAUCCAGGCCACAUAAGGGCUCUGCUCUACGACACGACGUUACCACACCAGAAAACGAACUCUUCUUUGCAAAUUCCGCUUUCGAAAGCUCGCCAUCAAGUAUUCCCCGGUCGAAAACCAGCCAGAACUCCCGUUUCGACUCCAUUUCGCCCGGUUUCGAUGAACCAGUCUCUCAGACGAGACAAGAUUCUACGGCUACAUCAAAUGGAAGCACGAUUUCUGUACCUUCCAGUGAUGACAGUCGGAAAUUGAGUCCGAAUGACAUCUUCAAAAACAUCCCAGGCACAGCUCCGCCUCUUCACGAGAUACAUUCGCCCGCCGACCAGAGAGCCCGGAAUGAAUUGCAUGUUAAAAAACAGCGAGCUCCCAAAACUCCCAGUGUCGCUGAGUUGGAUGGGUUCCAGGUCCCUCAACAGCUACCUAGUCCGCCGUUAAGCCCAUCACCCUCUCCCCCAGCCGUACCAAGCAAGCCCAGAGACUACCAGGCCAAACGACCCAGUGAGAAAAAGAACACCCACACUAUCAGAAUGGAAAUCAGAACAAAGGCAGAAAAGGCGCGACUAGGGGCCGAAGAGGCCAAAUCUGCAUCGUCUCGAUUGACGGCUGCUCGUCAACAUGCAGAAAAACUUGCAGAGGCACGUGCUGCAUACGAUAGAGUGAAAGCACAGAGUGCGUCAAAAGGUGCUAGACUACCGAUGGAUGAGUUGCGCGAGCAGAAACUCAAUACCGAAAGAAUCAACGAAGCUCGCAAGGCGUAUAAGGCAGCCAAAGCCAAAGAAGAAAUGGAGAAAAAGCCCGCAGGGAAAACUCGAGAACCUGAAGCAGCCAAGCCGAAAAGCACACCUGCGUCUGCGUCUACUACUGCUACUACAUCUUCCUCCUCGUCUAGUGAUGCUUCGCGCCAGAAAUCUUCAGGAGAAGCCAAAACCGCUCGCAAACCUCGAAGAAGCGGAGUAAACCGCCGGUCUCCAUCUCAAACCGAAAACAAGCACACCCCUAAGGAACCUGCUCGAGAAACUAAGAAAGAAGCCGCUGUUAGCAAUUCUGAAAACCCAGUGCCCGCGCCCGACUUCAAUAUCUCCUCUGGAGUCAUGUAUAUUUCUCUGAUCAACCUCUACGACUUCCUACAUCGCCGACGUGUUUACUCCGACGUCCUUUUCUAUUCCCACAAACUCCCUCAGAUGGCUCUCCACUGCUUCAAAAUGUGCAAACGCCUGGCGGAAGCUUAUAUCGAAUACAAACAAACCGGAGCCCUGCCCAAGUCCUGCACAGAUGAUUUAAGCCAGUUUUCACGAGACAUUGGCCAAGCACUCGUCAAUUUUGCCGUACUUGGUUUGGUGUUUAUUGUUAUUGGUCGAGCUGCUGGUUGUGUUUUGCUUAUAGCUAGUUGGAUUGUAUGGUUUUGUAGGCCUUUCGGGUGGUUCUUUGGACGGUUGAUCGGGAGAUGA